AUGUCCGACCAACGACCUCUACCCAAAACCCCUCGGCCCGGCAAUGGCGACAAUGCACGCAUCACCGACUACUUCAAGUCAAUCGAGCGCACUGAUAAUGGCACGAAGUCCAAGAGGAAACUCGAAGAUGAAGAAAAUGACCAAUCAACAAAGAGAUUUAAACGAAGCGACGACGGACAAGCCGACAGUAUCAAAACGGCUCGAUACCAAAUCAAGGCAGACACACCCAAGCGCAAGCGCAAGACGCCGCCCAGCGCUCGUCUCCUUGAUGACACCGAUGGCGGACUCCACGACAGUCUUGUAGACAGAUGGGAUUUUCUUAAGGAAACGGGCGCCGAGGAGAAUGCCGCAAGUGAACCCAAGCGUCCCAGACCCUCCGUGUCGGUCCCAGCCCCUGCCAGCGUCAACAACCACAAGCGCAAGAGGCUAGCAUCCUCUCGCCUGUUGGAUGACGUCGACGGAGGUUUGUCGGAUAGUCUUGUCGGUCGGUUUGAAACUCCGAAAUACGAGGAGAAAGUUUCCAGCGGUGAAGAGGAGAAGAAGAAGAACGCCUCGACGCACUACACCGUGGACGAUGACUCCGAGGCUGAGACCAUAAAGGCCGAUAAUAGCAAAGAUGAUCUGAGCAGCGAGCAAGAUGGUAAGGACUAUGAUAGUGAGGAACACGGCGGCGAUGACGAAGAUAGUGAGAGUAACGAUAGUGACAAAGAGAACGUCCCGCCGAGAGUGCGCUACAGAACACCCUCGCUCCCGCCUCUCCCAGCGACCCCCGAGCAUCACGGAAGCCAGAACGAGACUGGCGAUGCGACUCCAAGUGGCCAGUCCUCGACCAGCUCAUCGUCGCUCCUUCUGCCGAGCCCGGUCGUGGAUUUGCCGCCACUUCCAUCUUCGUCUUCGUCGUCGUCAUCCACCUUGGUCCCUGAACCGUCAACCUUACCAUCUCCUCCGUCGUCGCCGUAA